UAGUGCGGUCGGUCGUUUUUCGUCUCCGCCGCGAACCGCUCUGAUCUGCUCCACAUUGCCCGGCCAAAGCAGUCGCCAGUGGAUCGCCUACGUAGCCCCGAUACUAGUGCAUAUUUUUCCAGAAGUGCUGCCAUCGCAGGAUGGCGUUGCCCGUAUCCAAAUCGGUGCCAUGUGUCGGGCUUUGAAUCUCGAAAUCGGCCCCAUUGUGACCCCAUUCGAUGAGUGAACGUGUGUGUGGCUCUUGGCCAUUUAACGAUUAGUGGCCAUAACGCCUGAGUGUUUGUUUAUUUUGCCGUGCGACCGCAGAAACGAUUCCAAAAAUGAUUGCAUAAUUGACUUCGGGGGGACAAUUCGCGCGAGACGCACACCACAGUCCGUUAUCGAUUCCUAUUCCGUUUGUGAUUCCACUUCUGAGCCAAGUUUCCGCCAUGAAGAAGCUGCACCUGGGGGCCAAGCACAAGGGCAAGUCCUACAAGCCCUUCAGGAACAAGAACCGUCGGGGUUCUGCCGACUCGAACUACUCACAACCGUCAUCCGAUCUGUCGCUAGACGAGGAAAAGGAAUCGCUUCGGCGAGAAAAGGAACGUCAGGCCUUAAGCCAGUUGGAUAAAGCGAGGAGCAAACCAGUGGCGUUCGCUGUGCGAACCAACGUAGCAUACGAUGGCGCUAUCGACGACGAUUCGCCGGUGCAGGGCGGCGCAGUUUCGUUCGAGAUCCGGGAGUUCCUGCACAUCAAAGAGAAGUACGACAAUAACUGGUGGAUCGGCCGGCUGGUCAAGGAGGGCUGUGAUGUGGGCUUCAUACCCAGCCCCGCUAAGCUAGACAACAUUCGCAUGCAGAACCAAACCAGACCCUCAAGACUGUAUGGCACAAAGGGCUCGUCGAGCGGGAAUCUUGGUGCGGGCGGACAAGCAGGUGCGGAGCCAUCUCGAGAUUCCAUGGGACCAGGACGACAUGGCAAGACCCCGGUGGCGUCGGCCAACAAGGAGAAGCGCAAGCCGUUCUUCAAGAAGCAGGAGACGGCCAGUCCCUACGACGUGGUGCCCUCGAUGCGGCCCGUAGUCCUGGUGGGGCCCAGUCUCAAGGGCUACGAGGUGACCGACAUGAUGCAGAAGGCCCUCUUCGACUUCCUCAAGCACCGCUUCGAGGGCCGCAUCAUCAUCACGCGGGUGAUGGCCGACAUCUCGCUGGCCAAGCGCUCCAUCAUGAACAAUCCCUCGAAGCGGGCCAUCAUGGAGCGAUCCUCCAGCCGGAGCGACUGCCUCGGCAAGGUGCAGGAGGAGAUCGAGCGCAUCUUCGAGCUGGCCCGCUCGCUCCAGCUGGUCGUGCUCGAUUGUGAUACAAUCAAUCAUCCGUCACAACUAGCGAAAACUUCAUUAGCGCCAACAAUAGUGUACUUAAAGAUUAGUAGUAGUAAGGUUUUACAGCGUUUGAUCAAAUCACGUGGCAAGUCGCAGGCGAAAAACCUCUCCGUUCAAAUGGUCGCCGCCGAGAAGCUAGCCCAAUGUCCACCGGAUAUGUUCGAUGUAAUCCUAGACGAGAAUCAGCUGGAAGAUGCCUGCGAGCACAUUGCGGAGUACUUGGAGACCUACUGGAAGGCCACCCACCCGGAUAUAAGAGCUGUGCCGCCCAUCGCCCGCCCCCUGCCACAGGAGGCCUCGCCCUCCGCCGAUCCCACGCGUCUGGGUCCGACGCCUCCAGUAGAUGGCGAGGAGUUUAUCGAUGAGCAGGAUCAGGAUCCCAGGAUGGGCAAUUCCGGCGGAGAGCGCGAGGGAAGUCGGGAGCGCGAUCGCGAUAGCAGGGAAAGGGAGCGCGAGAGGGAGCGGGAGCGGGAUUACUGGGAUCGGGAGUUCAACAGAGAUCGCAGCUCCAAGGAUCGGGAGAGGGACCUCGAGUGGGAGCGGGAGAGGGCUCGCGAGUGGGAGAGAGAGCGGGAACGAGAUUGGGAUAGAGAGUUCGAUUGGGACCAAGGAGGAACCUCUUACCAGCACAGCCGCCGACAACCGACCUCGGGUCGCCACCAGGAGCGCGGCGGUGGCGUUGGCGGUGGCUACGAGCGGGAUCGCGAGCGGGAGCGGUACGAGCGGCGCGAACGGGACCUCAUGCACUACGACCUGAACAGCGACGAGCUGCUGGACGAGCGCAACUUUGAGUAUCCGGCGAUGAGGAGCGGUCCCAGCGGCGCCUCCCACCACGGCCACCUGUCCAGGGGCGGGCGCCUGCUGGACGAUCCCGAGUUUGAGCGCGAGGAGGCCCAGAUGAGGAUGAGCAGCUCCCGCUACGGACCCUCGACCCGGAUCGACGACCCCCGGGAUCUGCCGCGGGGCGCCACCGUUGUCGAUCGCGAUGAAUACAGUCCGCACAGAGGUGGUGGGAGUAGUAGGAGAAUGCUUAAUGCCAUGUCGUCCAGACCGUUGGGCCUGCCCCGCCAAUCCUCCCUGCCCAGCAAUAGAGCACCCACGUCCUACCUGCCCCGCCAGUCGUCUUUGGGCACCCACUGGCUGUCCUCCUCCUCCCAGAGCCCCCUUGAUCCCGGAACCCAAUCUCGCCGAGAGCUUUAUCCGCUGCUGCAUCAGCCGCAGUCGUAUCCCCAGGCCAGAUCCCAAUACACCCACUCGUACACAGCCGCCCCCCAGCACACAAGUCAGUCGCGUUCCCAGUCGCACUCGCACUCCCAGUAUCGGUACUCCGUGCAGGACACGUCCUUCGCCCACCCACCAAGAUCCCUGCGCGAGGAGUUCCUCAGUCCCACCAUGAGCAAGGUCGAAGCUGUCACGCACGCCAUUCGCAACAAGAUCAUCGUGGAGGAGGACGAGGAGGACAUCCUGAGCACGGAUCGGUUCUAUUAAAGAGAUUUCAGUCGCCACCCCGCGUCGAUUAGGUUUGGGUUACUUUUUUGAGGGCCGGAAAGCGAAAGCAGCAGUGCCAAAACACAAGACACAUUUGUAAAUGUUCCAUUCGAAGAUCAGAUCAAUUUGGUAGCAACACACAGACACAACACACGAACAGAAACAGAAACAAAAUCACACAAAGUAGCUGGUUAAAUAUAAAGUGAACGUUAAAGCGGCGGUUAAAGCGAACGUUAAAGCAAACCAAGGAAGCAGCCCAAUGCCAAGUGGGGCCUUAUGUGUCUUAAAUGCUAUAGCUAUAGCUAAGUGUAAUCAGAUUUUAUUUGAGUAAUGUGAAUUUAAAUUAAAUGGUCUAAGCCUAAGAUUUAAGCUAGUCGACAGAUGAAAAUUAAAAGUUAAAGGGAGUCCGCAGCCACCCAACAACAUUUGUUGGUCCCCCAAUGGGUCUCGUAUUUGUUAUGCAAUCGAUUGACUAAGUACAUACAUAAGUGUCAGCUUUAAUAAUUUAGUGAACGUGUCUUAAUCUAAGUCGAGCCACACAAGCACACACCCACACCCGCACACACACCCUAACACACACCAACACACACUCAGUUGACUGUGAACCGAUUGAAAUCUCUUUAAUCUCAAAUCGAUGCCUAAUUCUCGCAUCAUCCUUCUUCUUCCUCUGCACAGAAUUGAUAUCUUCACACUUUCUUGAGCCCAUCUGCUAGGAAUUCUUCUAGUUGAAAAAUAACACUAGGACUACAGUGCGUUUCACAGCCAAAUAAGUACUCCUACAAUAAUUAAGUUUAACUAAAUUCACACAUCAUCUGUUUAAUAUUCUUAUUAUUUCUCACUUAGAAUCUACUUUUGGUGACUGAUAAGAACUUGGAUCUUCCUGAAAUUUGUACCUUAACCGAACUGUCUAAAUAUUAGCAAUCAUUUCUUCAUAAACACAUCCAGUAUAUUAUAAUUAGACAUUGGAUAAUAUGUGAAAUCACUUUUAAAACAUUAGUUUUUCCAAUUUUUUUGACUGGUUACAAAUUGGAAGAAGAAAACCAUUAUUGGAAUAGGGACAAAACCAUUUUAUUAAGAAACAAAUUUUUUAGGAUUUAAAUAUUGCUAGAAAUCUGAUGUCUAAAUAUGGAUUUCACAUAUAAUCCAAUGUAUAAAUAUAAUACUUCGUCCAAUACUUAUGAAUUCAGCUUAAAUGAAACGCACUUUGUAGACUUCCUUCUUCCAACAGCAAUACUUUCGACCUAGAUACCUUGUCACACCAUAUCAUGCCACACACCUGCCAAAAAGCGCACAGUUCGCGAUCGUAGUUCAAAAUUUAACUUGGACUGCUCGCGAACAGGCCUCCAAUCUGGGUCGGGAUCCAAAAUAGAUCACUGCGAUGACCCGGGUUCAGGUAUAGCGAUUUAUACUACCAGUGCCUUAUAAACCAUCAAAUCGAGUUACACAACCGCACCCCACUCCACUCCAGAUAUCUUGCAUUUCCCGGCCAAAAAGGAUCAUCCUGUUCACAUAUACCAUCCGCUAAAGUCGAAUGCGUCAAAAUUAUUGUUCAAGUAUUGUAAGUACCUACACGUAAUGUCGAGACGAGAAACGUUGAUCUGGCCCAUUCCGAACGAGCACUCCUUUUACAAUUCCAACCACCAUGCUAAAUUUGUCGAUCAUUAGUUGUCGAACUGAGCUAGCGCCCAACAAUGAUGAACCGCACUGCAUUCAAAUCGAUCGCCACCUCGAGUAAGAGUUGAUGUAUAGCUACUAGCUAGUUGAUCUGUAAGCACACCCACAGAACCCAUCCUACUGUCCAAGGACUACAGCUGGAACCUCACGGGGGCGAUGUUUGUAGAACCGUGUAGCGGACAGGCCAGGCCAUGAAGCCGGAAAUUAAAGCAAAAAUCUAGUACUUUUUUAUAUAAGAGAUACAAGGUGAUAUAACUAAAUUUUGGAAAGCAAAUUUGAACAGCGCACGACAUAUACAGAUACCUAGAUGAAAUUGUUAGCAACAUUCAGGAGGGGAAGGAUUAGAACCUAGGGGGACUGCAAAAUAAAGGAACAUCCUCUGAGAGAACUUAUUCAGAGGUAUAUUUCCGAAUUACUUUCAAAAUGCAUAAAUCCCUUAAAGCGAAAUUGGAUGGGGUUGGCCAAGGCACUGGAGGCGCUUUAACGAGGAACAAAACAUUUAAAUAUAAUGGAAAGCAGCAUAUGAUACGCAAGCACUUCUUGUAAAAAGUGGCAAACAAAAAUGAUCUAUGUAUUAGCUAAACCUAAAUGAAAUAUUACUUUUUAAUACUAGCAUAAAGUUAAAAACAAAACUAGAUACGAUCCUUCGCAGCUAAGGAGGGGACAAACGGAAUACUUAAGUUUAAAAGAUCAGUCGAUGAGAAUGUGUAUGUUAGAAUAUUGCACAUAAUUCACAGAACUGGUAAUUCAAUAUAUGAUAAUGGUAUAUAUUAAAAGGUACACACAUUUAUAAAGGUACAUAUACAUUUAUACAUGUAAAUGUAUGUUCUUACUAUAAUUAACAAAAUUUAAACCAAAACAGAUACAUCAGCCGGCAUUUUGUAAGCGUGAAAACCGAAAUAUAAAAACUAAUAUGGAAUAAAAAUAAUAGAUUAUCCCAGAUAUUGUUAGAUACUUUCUGGAAACGGAAAGGCGAACUUUGCCAUGAAAAUUUCAUCAGAUCUGAUAGGAAUUAUGUUGAAAAUAUUUUGUAAGAUGCCUUAAAUUUCUCAACUAAAAUUCUUUGAAAGUUUCGGAAAACAAAACUUGAUAAAUUCAUAUAUUCCAUUACAUAACCUUCUUGCAGGUGGACUAAAAGUCUGCAUACAUUUUUGCAAAAAGAACAGGUUUGCUUCUAAUAUAUAUAGCAAUUUUUUGUAAUAAUCAAAUCUUAUUUCCGAUUAACAAACAAACGAAAACAAAAACCAAGCAAUUUAAAUUUGUUGACACUCUAAAAAACUAAAAGAAACACACAAAUGCAAACAAAUUUUAUAGCAAGAAUACUGAAACUUUAAGGAGGAUACGCCUAUAUAUAAUUAAAUUUAGCGGUAACAACUUCUCUACUUUUCAAGCCACUUUAAUAAGAAAAGCAAACCUUAUUUUUUUAGCCUAAAUCCCCUAUUAAACUGAAAAUGAAAGUGGAAAUUUUGACAAGAGCACGCCUGAGAAUUCCCUAUUCAAUAUAUUAUGAUUAACCAAAAGUUCCCCACACCGAAUACCCCAGAAAAAUAAACACGAACUAAUUGUGGAAAUAUCAACCCGAAUCCAAAUUUAUAUAGGAUAUUUUAUACAUGCAAAACAUAUACAUAUUGUAAAAAAAAGAGAAAA